CUAAAAAACAAGCAUAAUCGAGUUAAAAGAGUUUUGAUACAAGUUACUCAGAAAAUGAUGAAUUCAAAGAUAUAGCAUUUCUUCCUUGAAAAUAGGAUAACAAUAGCUUAAUAGCCAUAUUUGUCCAGACUUCAGAAUAUUAAUUCCAAAGUGGUAUUUUUCGACGAAUUUAGGUUUUUCAUUGUAACCAGUUUAUGCUCUAUUGAGUUUUGAACUGCUAAAUAACCAUGGAGCCAAUUCAAUUUUUUUGCUUUUUUCAUUCUUUCUACUUUCAAGUGGAAACAUACAGAGUUUCAUUGUUGGGCAAAGUUUUCUGUAGUUUAACUAAUGAUCUAGACAUUGCUUGUAAAAUGAUAAAGCAUAAUAUUUUAGAUUAAAAUUUAGUAUUGAAUGCUGGAGUAUAUCCUUCCUCCAGGUGCAUUGUGGUUUUAUGCAAGGUGGCGGUGCAGAAAUGGCUGCAGCAGACAUCAGAUACGUGAAGAAAUGUCGUUUUGUUGUUGCAUCUGGCAUUUUUGAUGGCUAUGAUACGCCUCAUCAGCCAUCAAAUAUAAGUAAACGCUCUCAGAGGCUAUUUUGUUUUCUUAUGGUGGUUGAUGAAGUGUCUCUUGAAUUCAUCAAGAAUAAUGUUACAGUCAGAGAGGAUAAUAAUGGAGGACAAUGGGUGGGUGUUUGGCGUUUGAUUCUGCUUAAGCAUCAACCUUAUGAUGAACCUAGAAGAAAUGGCAAGGUUCCUAAGAUAUUAACCCACAGGUUAUUUCCUCAAGCCCAGUACAGCAUCUGGAUUGAUGGUAAAAUGGAGCUUAUUGUUGACCCAUUGCUUAUGCUAGAAAGAUAUUUAUGGCGCGGGAAGCACACCUUUGCCAUUGCUCAGCACAAACAUCAUCGCAGCAUAUAUGAAGAGGCUGAUGCCAACAAACGGAGGAAGCGAUAUGCUCGUCCUCUAAUUGAUCUACAGAUGAAAAUAUAUCGUUACGAAGGCAUGGAACCAUGGAGCCCAAAUAAAAGUACUGUUAGUGAUGUGCCUGAAGGAGCCAUUAUCAUACGCGAGCAUACAGCUCUGAAUAAUCUGUUUAGUUGCUUAUGGUUCAAUGAGGUUAACCUUUUUACACCGAGAGAUCAGCUAAGCUUUGGAUAUGUAGUUUACAGGCUAGGAAGUAGGUUCAAAUUGUUUAUGUUUCCAAAUUGUGAAUAUAACUCAAUCUUUGUUUUACACCCGCACACACGGGAGCAUUCAUCUAAGGUCGAAUGGGUUAAAUCUUUAGAAGAGUUCAAGAAAAAGGCCGACUUGAAAGAGAGUAGAGGAGGUUUAGGCUUGUGGUCUCCUUAUCCUGGGAAUCUUAAUUUGGUUGUAUUACCACCUGUAGCCAGAACAUCGAAAGCGGGCUGAUAUUUAAUCAUGGAUCUCAUUUUCGGUUACGACACUCCUACGUUGUACUUCGAAAAUCUA